AAAAUUUGUGACGAGUUACAUCCAGAAACGUGCCACUUUGGCAUCUCUCGCUCUCGUCUCCUGUAAUUGGGUCGACCCUGUGAUGCGUGGCCUCUAUCGUAAAAUCGCAAUAUUCAUCUGCACCGAAGCAUCCGUAUAUUCUCUCCACGAAUCACUCAAGUCCCAUGGGAGCCUCGUUCGAACCAUCAUUCUCGACUCUAGAACUCGUCAUUUGAAGGACCGACCAUCUCUCAUUGACCACUUUCCCGAUCAGCUGGCUCGGUUCAAUCAGAGGGCGAUACUGGUGAACGGAAUUAUCGCAUCAUGUUCGCACCUGGUGGGCUUGGAGAGUUUUGGCUGGUACGAUGAUGCCUUUGCCGAACUCGCCCAGUUCAAUGACAACUUUGAGACUGUCGUCGCUCCUUCAACCUCCAUGAAACAUUUUACGUGGACAAGUGGGUGUUAUUCACACGGGCUGCGCUGUGCUCUCCAGCACCUUUCUCGGACAUUAGAAACCUUGAUUAUUUAUGAAUGGGAUCCAAUCACUCGCAUGUCCAUAUUCGGCCGGCCUUUCACUCCCAUCUCGCGCCUCCCUUCUCUUCCACGACUUUCAGAAAUUCGUCUUAAGAAAACCUCAGGCCCCAAAUUGCCUCAUAUGCUUGAGCUUCUUAAAAGUACAGAGUGUCUCGGGGAAGGUGAGAACGUCACUCCCCGUUUACGUGUGCUAGAAGUGCAGCGGCCACACUAUUUAACGCCCAAGGAUUUCCUAUGGAUGAUACAGACGACAAAAGCAUUUUCCAAUCUCAGGACGCUGAUUCUUACCUGUCGUCCGGUCGGCUCAGACCAGUUCCAUAUCACCAAAACAUGGGAGUGGCAUGACUAUUCCGAACUCCCUUGUGCACUUUUCCAAAGCUCCCCACAUUUAGAAGAGCUCUCGCUCCUCAGUCCAAUUCCACUCUCUUCAUUCUCCAAACCGCCUGAAACACUUCGCAUAUUGCGCACCCUGAUUUGGCGGAGUUAUUUUGGGCCGCGUGAAUUCAUGCGCUUCCUGGACUCUCCAUCGAGUCGAAAUCUGAAACUUAUCGAACUACAACAUACCUCGAGGACGGCGAUGGCGAAGUGGAAAGUUGAGGUGGAAACUGUGUUGCAAGUCGGACGUCGUCUUGGGAAAGAUAUCAUCAUCCCGACGGAAAUUUAUCCCGAGCCCCAAUUUAGACAACCUGGUGCAAUAAUAACCAGGGUCACGCGGUACAGUCGCUCUAUGUCGUUAUACUAAUCUACCCUCUCUAACACCUUCCACGCCAUGGCCGAACAACCUACGGUGACAAUAAAAUGGGAGAAAGUGCUCGGGUUACACUUCGCACCUGUGCCUCUCGUUUCAUCGGAUUCAUGGUACUCGAGGGCUUGGACAAACAGCAUUUCACCAAAGUACGGACCCCCCACCACGCCGGAACAGGUGCACGUGAACAAGAAGUAGCCAUUCUCGAUCUCGAGGGUCACUGAAAUACGGGGUACCCUCAACGCAAUUCCCGUCUCACCUGACUUGGGCUCCAUGCGCCGUCCGAUCCUCGUUCUCAGGUGGGUAUGAUUGCUACCACCGGUAUGGUAUUACCAAUAACCGAAGGGUGAUUCUAACUGCGGGCUUUUUCAAACAAAUUUUGAGGUCGUGUCCGCGAUCCUAGCCCGCAGUAUCAUCCAAUGAUGGCGCGCAAAAGUUCAGGUACUGACGCUAUUGCGGUGGGG